AUGGCAACAGAGUUGAACUCAGUGGCAGCCCAGCUGGCGGGGCGACAGGAGGAGAGUGAAGAUUCACACAGACACCUACUGCAGAUCAGCAGAGACUUCAAGAGGAACGCAUCAGAGGAAGUGCGAGAGUUGGUCGCCCCUGUACUCAAGAGCUUCCAAGCUCAGGUGGUUGCUUUGAGCCACCGCAGCAAGGAGGCUGAAUCCGCUUUCCUGGGAGUCUACAAACAGCUGAUACAAGCCCCAGACCCUGCCCCCGUGUUAGCUGCCUCUCAUAGUCUUGAGGAACGUCUUCAGCAGCUCCAAGACUCCGCCCCCGACUGCUCAGAGCUCCGAGAAAUCUCCGCCCACUGGAGCACACACCUGCAGUGCCUUAACAACACAGUCCACCCAGAGGAGAGUUCCAACACGCUGGCGGAAGAGAGCUCGGGGGCGGAGUCAAUAGAGGCGUCGGACCGCCCACCUGCUACAAUGACGCCCAACAGCACACACACACACAACCACCAAGAGGACGGGUCACCAGAGGAGUGUGAAUCCGACUCUCCCCUCUCUGGCAGACUGGAGGACGCAGAGGGCCGCAUCAGCACACUGCAGACAUCGCUAACCACGGCCCAGUCGGAGCUAGCGCAGCUACACAGGAAAUACGAGGAGGAAAUGGCAGCCAAGGCGGAAGAAGUUGGCCUGCUGAUGUCGAACCUAGAAAAAGCCAACCAGAGAGCGGAGCUAGCGCAGAGAGAGGUGGACGUGCUAAAGGAGCAGCUGGCUAAUGCUAGCGACAUCGCUAAUGCUAGCGCACAUACCCCCCCGACAUCCAGUUGCACGGCGCAGGACGGCAAGCCACAGGAGGAAGAGGACUCUUCUCGUCUAGAGUCGGUGGUCUUGGCUAAGGACCGAGAGAUCCUCCGUCUCCUUGACAACGCCCAGCGGCUCCAGUUCACACUACAGGAAGUUCAGGAGGCAGCAGCCAAUCAGAUCACAGAGCUGGAGCGCAAGCUGGCCUAUAAGAGAGAAGCUAUAGAGAGAUUAGAAGCCAAACUGCAGACACAACGGGACUAUGAGGAGAUCAAAACUGAACUGAGCAUUCUGAAGGCGAUGAAACUGGCCACGGCCAAUGGCAGCUUAAGCCAGGAAUCUACCAAGGCAGCUGAAGAUCUCUUGCUGGAUAAGGAAUCUUUCUUCUCCUCUCACAAGUAUCUACUGGACAAGGCCAGACUACAUGCAAAUGCAGACGAGCACCAAUCACAGGAGUCUGCCAAGGACCUGAGCCGGCCCCCUUUCGGCUCUUACUCCUCCCCCCAGCGCCCGCUAUUGACAGACGGCUCCCCUCGCUCUUCCUCCUCCUCUUCCUCUUCCUCAGCGGUAGCACAUGACCUCUCGCGACCUUUCUCUGUCUCGCCGUUCUCACCCGACAAGCUCUCAGGUGACCAGCUCCUCCAGCGUCAGCUCUUGUCCCCUCUCCUGAAGAAGGAUGGAGGCCCCGCCCCCCUCAUGCCCUUCCCCUCCGCCCUAUUCGCCGCCAAGGUUGCCCUCCUGUCCUCCUCCACCAACCAGGUGGCUGCGGGGACUGCGGGGGCGGGAGCUAGCGAGACGGGCGCGGCCGGUGACCAAUCAGAGAGCUCGGGCUCGAAUGUGGGAGAGGACGACCAGCUGGACACAGCGGAGAUCGCCUACCAGGUGAAGGAGCAGCUACUGAAACACAACAUCGGUCAGCGCGUUUUCGGCCACUACGUGUUGGGUCUGUCCCAAGGCUCGGUCAGCGAGAUCCUGGCGCGUCCCAAACCGUGGAGGAAGCUGACCGUGAAGGGAAAGGAGCCCUUUAUCAAGAUGAAGCAGUUCCUAUCUGAUGACCAAAACAUACUCGCACUACGCACCAUACAGGUCCGACAGAGAGGGAGCAUCACCCCUCGAAUCCGGACCCCUGAGACGGGAUCAGACGAUGCCAUCAAGAGCAUCCUGGAACAGGCCAAGAAGGAGAUCCAGUCACAGAGAGGAGGUGAUGGCAAGAGUGUAUCGGGCACUGCAUCAGGACGCAGCAACAGCACCAACGCUGGCAGCAGCUCUGACGAGACCAUUAAGAACAUUCUAGAACAGGCUCGUAGGGAGAUGGCAGCUCAGCAGCACGCCCUGCUGGAGAUGGAGAGCCACUGCACGCGUGCAAACUCCAACACCAACGGCAACACCAACUCUUCCUCCUCUUCAUCGUCAUCCUCGGGUCCUCCCCUGGUGAAGCAGGAAGAGAGCGGGGCGUCCGUGCCCCUGUGUGUGGGCAUGGGAAACCCCAUGUCCCUGUCCAGCCCUCCUCCUCCCCCCUCUUCCUCCUCCUGCCCCCCACUCAGCAUACUCUCUCCUGCCGCCUUCGUACAGAGCAUCAUACGCAAGGUGAAGUCUGAGAUCGGUGAAGCGGGAACCUAUUUCGAUCAGCAUUGGUCAGCGGAGCGAGGAGGGGCGGGGCUUAUGGGACCUUUCACCUCCGUCUCGCCCUCCGUCUCCUCUCCCUCGUCCUCAUUGGUUCACUCGGCCCUGCCACGUCCUUGGCCCCGCCUCCAGAAUGGAGAGGCUCUGGCAUCCAAUGAGGAGGAUUCAGCUGGGCCGGAGGAAGAGGGUGCUGGUGGGCGUCCCGUGGAGGUGAAGCUGGAACCCGAGUCAUCGCCGGGGGCAACGGAGGGCUCGUCACCGGGGGCAACAGGGAUGGGGGCGUGUCCUAGCCGUGUUCCGUACUACCCCGCCUACAUUCCGCGCACGCUAAAACCCACCGUGCCGCCACUGACCCCAGAACAGUACGAGACCUACAUGUACCGAGAGGUGGACACCAUGGAGCUGACCCGCCAGGUGAAGGAGAAGCUCGCCAAGAACGGCAUAUGCCAACGCAUCUUUGGAGAGAAGGUGCUGGGUCUGUCUCAGGGCAGUGUGAGUGACAUGUUGUCUCGUCCGAAGCCGUGGAGUAAGCUGACCCAGAAGGGACGCGAGCCUUUCAUACGCAUGCAGCUCUGGCUGCUGGACCAGCUGGGACAGGGACUCAAUCAGAUGUCCAGCCACACACAGGCCAAGGCCCCAUCCCCGCCCCCCCUCUCUCCAUCCCCACCCCCACCCCCAUGGUCCCCGCGCCCCCCCACCGUGGAGCCCAUCCUCUCCCUGGGAGCCCUGGAGAGCACCAAGGAGAACCAGCACCCCCACCCCCACUCCUCCUCUGCUUCCUCUUCCUCCUCCUCUUCCUCCUCCUCCUCUCUUCUGGGUAUCCAGGAGCUGGUUGCCAUGUCACCGGAGUUGGACACCUACGCCAUCACCAAGCGCGUCAAGGAGGUGCUCACCGACAACAACCUGGGCCAGCGCCUGUUCGGUGAGAGUAUCCUGGGCCUGACUCAGGGUUCUGUGUCGGACCUGCUGUCUCGGCCGAAGCCCUGGCACAAGCUGAGCCUGAAGGGGAGGGAGCCAUUCGUACGCAUGCAGCUCUGGCUCAACGACCCACACAACGUGGACAAGCUACGAGACAUGAAGAAACUGGAGAAGAAGGCCUAUCUGAAGCGCCGCUAUGGUCUCCUGAGCCCUGGCGGCUCAGACAGUGACUCCACAAGUGGCAGUCGCUCAGAGUGUGUCAGCCCUGCGAUGACUGCACUAGACCUCUGUGGUCUCUCCCAGGCCAAGAAGCCUCGUGUGGUGCUUGCUGCGGAGGAGAAGGAGGCAUUGAGGAGAGCCUACCUCCAGGAGCCCUACCCAUCUCAGCACACCAUCGAGAUGCUCGCCAGCCAACUCAGCCUCAAGACCAACACCGUCAUCAACUGGUUCCACAACUACAGGUCCCGUAUGCGGCGUGAGGUCCUCCUGGACGGUGCCGGUAGCCAUGACAACGACACGGACGGCGACACCCUGCCCCCUUACUCCCCGCUGCCGCCCCGCAGCCCCGUAUCCGACGGCGACGACAGGAACAGGCAGCCCAGGAUCAAGCACUUCCCACUGGGCUUUCCCUUCCCAGGCCUGGGGAAGGCCGAGCACCACCACCACCACCACCACCUCCAGGCCUCCAGGGAGGAAGAGGACGGCGGUAGCCAGGGCCAGGUGCUGUUUUCUGGGUCACUGGGCAGAGAGCACCACCCCAGGAGGGGCAGCGAGAGCCAGCAGGAGGUGGAGAGGGAGCGGGAGAGCGGAGGAGGAGGAGGGGACCCCGAGAAUUUGUCGUCGUCGGUGGUGGAAGGGGGCGGGGGUGACCCCGUGAGCUUCAAGGCGUCCUCAGAGCCGUGUCGCAGCGGCAGUUUGGAGGUAUCCCUCAACUCCCCGUCGGCUGCGUCGUCCCCGGGACUCAUGCUGUCCGUCUCCCCCGUGCCGUCAUCCUCUGCGCCCAUCUCCCCCUCCCUGCCCCCGCUCCCCAACCCCUGCCCCGCCUCGGAGGCCCCCCCGAACAACCACAACGCCCCCAAAGCCAACAAGAGCACUCAGCGGCGCACGGAGAAGAUGGCCAACCUCAGCAACAUCAUACAUCGGCUGGAGCGCGCCGCCAACAAAGAGGAAACUCUGGAGUGGGAGUUCUAGAGCAUGUGUGUGUGUGUGUGUGUCCGUUUCUGUGUGUCCGUUUCUGUGUGUGUGUGUGUGAGAGAGAGAGAGAUAGAGGGAGUGAGUGAGCGUCCGAAACCUUGCACAUGUCAACAAGACUUUUAAAAAUUAGAAUGAGAACGUUCUCAAGUCACCUCAGCACUCUUGAAAUAGAAACUUUCCAGAGUCACCUCAAGAUCUCCAGACUCCACGGGAGCUUCUAGAAUCCUUCUGAAGGUUCAACAGGAGCUUCUAGAAUUGUUCUCAAGGUUCUACAUGAGCUCCUUGAGUUCUUCUUAAGGUUCUACAGGAGAAACUUCUAAAAUCACCUCAAAACUCUCAAAGAGAACUGUUUUGAGUCCGCUCAAAAAACUCUGCAUUAGAACUCAUCCACAGCCACCUCUGAAAGGACUCUGAAAGAGAAAGAGAGAACCAUCUAGUCACCCAGAGAUUUUAGGGCAUGGAUGCCAUAUACGUGGGGACCCUGAACCCUGGAUGAUGGCCAGAGAAUCUUGAAAAUCGAUGUUGUCCAGACUGUGAAACAUCAAUGGGGUUCUACAAGAAGGAUGCCACCGAGAGAUUCUAGAACAUGUAUGGCACCCAGAGAUUCUAGAACACGGAUGACACCCAGAGAUUCUAGAACAUGGAUUCCACCCAGAGAUUCUAGAACAUGGAUAACACCCAGAGAUACUAGAAUAUGGAUAACAGCCAGAGAUUCUAGAACAUGGAUGGAACCCCAGAGAUUCCAGAUUCUAGAACAUGGAUCUCCCCCAGAGAUUCUAGAUCUUCAUCCAGAAAAUAUAGGCUAGAGCAUGGGUGACAC